UUUAACCUGCGUGUGUUUCGCUGGUCGCAGUCCAUGAUCUACUUCAUAGAGGAGAUCAACAGAAACCCUAACCUGCUGCCCAACAUCACACUGGGCUACAGGAUCUAUGACACAUGCGGGCUGGUGGCUCUGUCUAUGAGAACAGCCUUGUCGGUGGUCUCUCAGCCCCUGAAGAGGAACAGUACUGGAGCGUGUUCGUCCCCCACCAUCCCUCUGAUCAUAGGAGACUCGGGAUCCACUCUGUCUAUGGCCAUCUCCAGACUGCUCAAUCUGUUCAGCGUCCCGCUGGUUAGUUACUUUGCCUCCUGUGCUUGUCUGAGUGACAAGCAGAAGUUUCCGUACUUCUUCCGUACAAUUCCCAGUGACGCGUACCAGGCCAGCGCUCUCGCUCGCCUUGUAAAACACUUUGGCUGGACAUGGGUAGGCGCAAUGGGUGGCGACGAUGCUUAUGGGCGAACUGCCCUGGACAUGUUCACCGCAGAGGUGUCCCGCCUAGGCGUGUGCGUGGCCUUCCGGGUCAUCAUCCCAAAGUUACCUUCUCAGCUGCAGCUCCAAGACAUCGUAAAGACGAUUCGAGACUCCACUGCACAUGUACUGGUCGCCUUUGCCAUUGAGGAGGACAUCCAGCCAGUGGUGGAGGAGACGGUCAGGCAGAAAGUGACGGGAAAACAGUGGGUGGCCAGUGAAGCCUGGAUAACGUCCACCCUCAUCUCCACUAAUUACCCCUCUUUCAGCGGCACCAUCGGUUUUGCCAUCCGCCGGGCUGAAAUCCCUGGCCUCAGGACGUUCCUCCACAGCCUGCAGCCAUUGGCUGACCCAUAUAACCCCUCUGCCAAGGAAUUCUGGGAAACGCAGUUUCAGUGCUCCUUUAAUACAAGCAUGCCAGUUGAUUCUAUGGCUGACCCUGUCCACUACAACCGUACCUGUACAGGACAGGAGAAGAUUGCGGACACUGAGACUAUCUAUAAUGAUGUGUCUCAGCUCAGAGUGACCUAUAACAUGCACAAGGCUGUAUAUGCAGUAGCACACGCACUGCACAACCUGCUAAUGUGCAAGAAGGAAGAGAGCAGCACUGAUAAGCAGCAGCAGUGUCCAGAUAUCUACAACCUGCAGGCCUGGCAGGUGAUACAGUACCUGAAGGAGGUGAACUACACCAAUGUGUUUGGAGACACUGUGUAUUUUGAUGAGUAUGGAGAUCCUGUUGCGUCGUAUGAUAUUGUAAACUGGCAGAACAGAACGGAGGGCGGUCCACUGCAGUUUGUUACAGUUGGACGCUUUGACUCCUCUCUUCCAACCGAGCAGCAGCUUGUGCUCUACCAGGACAGCAUUGUUUGGCAUGGGGGAUCCAGAGAGGUGCCAGUGUCGGUGUGUUCACCUAGCUGCCUGCCAGGCUACAGGAAAGCAACACGUAAAGGCGAGCCUGUCUGCUGCUACGACUGUGUGCCCUGUGCUGAAGGCACCAUCAGCAACAGCCUAGACCAGUCUGAGUGUAAGUUCUGCCCUGAAGACCUCUGGUCCAACCCACAACGUGACAGUUGUAUUGACAAGCAGAUCGAGUUUCUGUCCUACACCGAGGGUUUCGGAAUGGCCCUCGCAGCCACAGCCAUCCUGGGUGUCGUCGCUACCGUGACGGUGGCUGCCAUUUUCCUGCGUCACCGAGACACACCGCUGGUUAGCUACUUUUCCUCCUGUGCUUGUCUGAGUGACAGACAGCAGUUCCCGUACUUCUUCCGAACGAUCCCCAGCGACACGUACCAGGCCAGCGCUCUUGCCCGCCUUGUAAAACACUUUGGCUGGACAUGGGUGGGUGCAUUGGGCGGUGAUGAUGCUUAUGGGCGAACUGCCCUGGACAUGUUCACCGCCGAGGUGUCCCGCCUGGGCGUGUGCGUGGCCUUCCGGGUCAUCAUCCCGAAGGUACCUUCUCAGCUGCAGCUCCAGGACAUCGUAAAGACGAUCCGAGACUCCACUGCACAUGUACUGGUCACCUUUGCCACUGAGGAGGACAUCCAGCCAGUGGUGGAGGAGACGGUUAGGCAGAAAGUGACAGGCAAGCAGUGGGUGGCCAGUGAAGCCUGGAUAACGUCCACCCUCAUCUCCACUAUCUACCCCUCUCUCAGUGGCACCAUCGGUUUUGCCAUCCGCCGGGCUGAAAUCCCUGGCCUCAGGACGUUCCUCCACAGCCUGCAGCCAUUGGCUGACCCAUAUAACCCCUCUGCCAGGGAAUUCUGGGAAACGCAGUUUCAGUGCUCCUUUAAUACAAGCAUGCCAGUUGGCUCUAUGGCUGACCCUGUCCACUACAACCGUACCUGUACAGGACAGGAGAAGAUUGCGGACACUGAGACUAUCUAUAAUGAUGUGUCUCAGCUCAGAGUGACCUAUAACUUGCACAAGGCUGUAUAUGCAGUAGCACACGCACUGCACAACCUGCUAAUGUGCAAGAAGGAAGAGAGCAGCACUGAUAAGCAGCAGCAGUGUCCAGAUAUCUACAACCUGCAGCCCUGGCAGGUGAUACAGUACCUGAAGGAGGUGAACUACACUAACAUGUUUGGAGACGCUGUAUAUUUUGAUGAGCAUGGAGACCCUGUGGGGUCAUAUGACGUUGUAAACUGGCAGAAGGGACCGGACGGCAGGACAUCGCAUUUUGUUACCGUUGGACGCUUUGACUCCUCUCUUCCAACCGAGCAGCAGUUAGUGCUCUACCAGGACAACAUUGUGUGGCAUGGGGGAUCCAAGGAGGUGCCAGUGUCGGUGUGUUCACCUAGCUGCCGGCCAGGCUAUAGGAAAGCCACUCGCAAAGGCCAGCCUGUCUGCUGCUAUGACUGCGUGCCCUGUGCCGAGGGCACCAUCAGCAACAGCAUAGAUCAGUCUGAGUGCACGCUCUGCCCUGAAGACCUCUGGUCCAACCCACAACGUGACAGUUGUAUUGACAAGCAGAUUGAGUUUCUGUCCUACACCGAGGGUUUCGGAAUGGCCCUCGCAGCCACAGCCAUCCUGGGUGUCGUCGCUACCGUGAUGGUAGCUGCCAUUUUCCUGCGUCACCGAGACACGCCCCUGGUCCGCGCCAACAACUCAGAGCUGAGCUUCCUGCUGCUGCUGUCGCUCACCUUCUGCUUCUUAUGCGCGCUCACCUUCCUGGGCCAGCCGACCCGCUGGGCCUGCCAGCUCAGACGCACUGCCUUUGGCCUGACCUUUGCCCUCUGUCUCUCCUGUCUGCUGAGCAAGACUCUGGUGGUGCUCAUGGCCUUCAGGGCCACACUGCCUGGCAACAAUUCGGCACGUUGGUUUCGCCCCCCACAGCAGCGUCUGGGCGUGUUCCUGUGCUCCGCCCUACAGUGUGCAAUCUGUGUGGCUUGGCUAACCACGGCUCCGCCUCAUCCAGUGAAGAACACCUGGCUGUACCGUGACCGGAUCAUUCUAGAAUGCCACUUGGGUUCCGUGGCUCUGUUCUGCUGUGUGCUCGGCUACAUCGGCUGUCUCGCUGCCUUUUGUUUUAUCCUGGCCUUUCUGGCUCGGAAGCUGCCUGAUAACUUUAAUGAAGCCAAGUUCAUCACAUUCAGCAUGCUCAUAUUCUGUGCAGUUUGGAUCGCUUAUAUCCCAGCUUAUGUCAGCUCUCCUGGAAAGUUCACUGUAGCUGUAGAGAUAUUUGCUAUCUUAGCCUCUAGUUUUGGGGUACUUCUGUGUAUAUUUGCCCCCAAAUGUUACAUCAUCAUCUUUAUGCCUGAGAAGAAUACUAAAAAAUAUCUCAUGUUUCAGAAAACUAGCAGAUGA